AACCUAUUGUUCUCCCCCCUGAAUUUAGGAAUUGUGUUCUGUCUCAAUUGUUUUGACAAAUUUAAGGAGUCAUUUCUCACCCCUUUCUCCAGUUUCUUCCGGACCCAAUUCUCCCUCCUUGUGGGUCAACCUGCAGGGUCUCCCCAAAAUCUAUCGAUUCGUUUGAUGGGUUUUGGGGGGUGAAUGUUGUAUAUGUAAAUGGGUUGCACCAGCUCCAAACAUGUUGCACACUCUACCAUUUCACCUCUUCAUCAUUCUUCCUUAACAAUUAAUGAUAACAAUACGCCCACAUUGAGUUAUCAUAAUCGUAUUAAUCAUGGGUUGCUGUUGGAGAAGAUUAUAGACGUAAGAGAAGACAAUGAUAAGAAGAUCACAAACGAUGAGGAUCUUGCCAAUAAAAAAACUAAUGAACUUGAAUCUUUGGAUCAUCAUCCUAAUGACAAGCAUUCCAAAAAGCCUUCAUUUUCAUUUAGCAUAAGGUUUGGAAGAUCAUCUGUUGCAGAACAUGUUGCUGCUGGUUGGCCUGCCUGGCUUAGUGCCGUGGCUGGAGAAGCCAUUGAUGGUUGGCUCCCACAAAAAUCCGAUAGCUUCGAGAGGUUUGAAAAGAUUGGACAAGGAACAUACAGCAAUGUGUACCGGGCACGUGAUAUGAAAACAGGUAGAGUGCUGGCACUGAAGAAGGUACGGUUUGACAAUUUCCAACCCGACAGUGUGAGGUUUAUGGCUAGAGAAAUCACAAUUCUUAGAAAGCUUGACCAUCCAAAUGUUAUGAAAUUGGAGGGGAUAAUUACAUCCCGUUUAUCAAGUAACAUUUACCUUGUUUUCGAGUAUAUGGAGCAUGAUCUUGCAGGACUUCUAACAUCACCCAACAUCAGGUUCACCGAAUCACAGAUUAAAUGCUACAUGCAGCAGUUGUUGAAAGGGGUCGAGCACUGUCACUCACAAGGCAUUCUUCAUCGAGACAUUAAAACAUCAAAUGUGUUAGUAAAUAAUGCAGGACAGCUAAAGAUUGCGGAUUUUGGUCUCGCAAAUUUUGUUGCAAGCAGGCAACCAUUGACGAGCCGUGUUGUUACAUUGUGGUAUCGUCCACCUGAGCUUUUCUUGGGGUCGACGAGCUAUGGAACAUACGUUGAUAUGUGGAGUGUUGGCUGUGUCUUUGCUGAACUUUUUAUCGGUAGACCAAUCCUCAAUGGGAGAACAGAAGUUGAACAAUUGCAUAAAAUCUUCAUGCUUUGUGGCACUCCACCGGAUGAGUACUGGACUAAACCGACGCUACCACUUGCAAAAAUGUCCAAACCCCGGCAUGCUUACGAAAGCUCUCUGAGAGAAAGGUGUAAAGAACUUCCCCAAUCUGCUGUGAACCUAAUCGACACUCUACUUUCUAUUGAACCUGAAAAACGUGGGACUGCUACAUCUGCUCUUCAAUCUGAGUAUUUCAAUGCAAGACCUUAUGCUUGUGAUCCUGCAAGCUUGCCAAAGUACCCACCAAGCAAGGAAAUUGAUGCAAAGCUUCGAGAAGAAGCACAUAGAAAGAAAUCGGGUGGAAGAAUUCGGGCAUCUGGAUCAUCAAGAAAUCUGAGAAAAGGCCGGAAAACUUUGCUAGAACAGACAGAGGCCCGAAGAAGUGCUUAUUUUCAUGGCCCUAGACGUUCAGAUGAUUUAAAAACAUCAUUAGACACAGUUUCAGAUCUUUCUGGAACCACAGAUGUAUCUCAGGCUGACACCAUUUCCACAGUGCCUGCGCUGGCUACAACACCUAACGGGACUCUUGGGUGGUCAACAAAAAGGCGAAAACAUGUCAGUUUUGUGACGCCAACAAGCCAAGAUGUUCGUGCAAUAGAGCCAAUUCAUGAGCAAGAUUAUUCAUCUGAUCAAAGUGAAGAAGAAAGGCAACAGUAUUCAAGACCUAUGCUAAUGCAACCACAUAAAUUCAAUGAGAAGCAAGAAGGUAACACUCACAACAGUGUUCCUAGAUCUCGAUUUUCAAAAGAAUUAUGACGUAAAAGAGAGUUCGUACAACUGUAGCCUAACGAGUCUUUCUGAUACAACUUUAUUUGGAGCUCGUACAACGUGCUUGGAUGAUCGGACCGACAAACUUAAAGGGGGAGAAGAAGAAAAGAUAAAUGGAAGCGAAGCAACAUACAUGGGAGGAAUGGGAAGUGGAAAAUACAGUAGAGGUAAAGGCU